CUAGACUUCAGUCUUGGCGUUGGCGUUGCUGUCUUUUCUCGCGGCCUCUUCUUUUGCUCCGCGAACCUGUCCUUUGAAUGUCCACCUUAUAGUCUCUUAGAGUAGCUGAUUUUGACCAUUGGAUAGAUUGGAGCUUUCGAACAUCGCCUUCACUUAGGAAGAUGACGUCUAUCCGUAAGAAGCUCGUAAUUGUCGGUGAUGGAGCGUGUGGAAAAACAUGCUUGUUGAUCGUCUUCUCCAAGGAUCAGUUCCCUGAAGUAUACGUCCCAACUGUGUUUGAAAACUAUGUUGCCGAUAUCGAAGUUGAAGGAAAGAGUGUAGAACUUGCCUUGUGGGAUACAGCUGGUCAGGAAGAUUACGAUCGUCUACGACCCCUGUCCUACCCUGACACCGACGUUAUUCUUAUGUGCUUCUCCGUCGAUAGUCCCGACAGUUUGGAAAACAUCCCCGAGAAAUGGACGCCCGAGGUCAAACAUUUCUGCCCUAAUGUACCGAUCAUUCUUGUUGGUAACAAGAAGGAUCUUCGUAAUGACGAGGCGACCAAGAAGGAGCUGGCUAAGAUGAAGCAGGAACCCGUCAAGCCCGAGGAGGGACGAUCAAUGUCCGAGAAAAUCGGCGCUUUCGCGUAUUUGGAAUGCUCAGCCAAGAGCAAAGAGGGUGUACGAGAAGUGUUUGAAACAGCAACAAGAGCGGCUUUGCAGGUCAAGAAGAAGAAGAAGUCUAAGUGCCUGGUAUUGUAAGCUUAGUGCUCAUUCCGUAUGUUAUUUCGCUUCGCAACAGUUCGGUUGCAUCUCCCUUGUCACAAGAAACUGCUUGGCUGUCGUCCCUGUACAUCAUUGUGUGAUUGUAUUCGAAUGCAUAAAAUGACUCAUUUUGCCAACUGCUGUGUUGGAAGUUAGUUGGCUAAACGUAUUAACGAAAAUUGCUAAGUUUUGAUUUGAUCAUGUGCACAGUACAUAGGUGUUGUCUUUGCCUUGUGUGCCCGCCUUUGUGCACUUUCUCCAUUGCAUAAUUUGACAACAUUUCAGUUUGAUUCUUCAUCUUUCUCAGGCGUGUCUUAGCUUUCUCCCGUCACUUUCUUCUUCUUGUUUCCUUCCUUUUUGUUCUACGCGAUAGUCACUUUGACCGAACGUAGUAGAACUGUUGAGUAUUCCAUUAUGCAAUUCAUUCUGAUACGUUUUCAUCAGCGAUGGAUUCAAGCUCUUACAGUAAUCCACUGAUAA